ACAUUGGUAAUGGCUUGGAAAGGAGUGCAUUGAAUUAUGUAGGGUGUGGUACAUUUGUUAAAAUAAAUUUAGUAGCCUAACGAAGUCAGUAUAUACAGAAAUCACUAAAACAAGCUUUAGUCUGCACACACACACACACAAAUCUCACGUUACAACCCCACAUUUUUGUUCUCUCCACAUGUAGUAGACUACUGGGAGGGAAGACUCGGCUGAGUUGUGACGCACAGCAGCCGGAUCGCGCUGCGCUCCUCAGGUCCUCCCUCAUGCCCCUCACAUGAUCUUUGACUGUAGCCUAGUCGAGGAGCUCAUGAGAACUGAAAAGAUAUAGGAGAGCAUUUACAGUACAACCAUGCAUACUCUCGCAGUGAUCUGCGUUUAUUUGGCGAUAGUCGUCCACAUCAGUGCCCAGGAAGGUUUAAUUCCGUGGACUCAACAGAGGUUGUUCCACAAGCCCAGCACCUUGACCGCUGACAGUCUGAAGGAUGUGCUGGCUCACACUGACCUGACGCGCAUGUGGCAGACGGACCUGACGCCCCUGCUGGUCACCCGUUACCCAGGCUCCGCUGGAAGCCUGGCCGUGCAGAAGCACAUCAAAUCCACCCUCAGUGGCCUGACAGCAGGUUGGGAUGUGAGUGAGGACUCCUUCCGCGCCCAGACCCCCUACGGCCAGAUGCCCUUCACAAACAUCAUUGCGACUCUCAACCCCUCUGCGAAACGUCGCCUGGUGUUGGCAUGCCACUUCGACUCCAAGUAUUUCGCCCCCCAGUGGCAUGGAAGGGAGUUCCAGGGUGCCACAGACUCCGCUGUGCCCUGUGCCAUGAUGCUAGAACUGGCUCGUGCCCUGGACCAGGAGCUCAAGACACUGAAGGACUCUAAUCAAGACCUGACACUGCAGCUGCUCUUCCUUGACGGUGAAGAGGCUCUGUUUCAGUGGACUGACACAGACUCCCUGUAUGGCUCCCGCCACCUGGCCCAGAAGAUGGAGCAGAGCCCCCACCCUCCCGGAGCCACCAACUCCAACCAGCUGCAUGCCAUCGAUCUGUUUGUGUUGCUGGAUCUGAUCGGAGGCCCGUCUCCACGCUUUGGAAACCAAUUCUCCAACACGGCCAGAUGGCUCAACAGGUUGCAGAACAUCGAACGUCGCCUUCAUAACUUGGGCCAGCUGGAGGAUCAUGCAAAUGAAGUCCAAUACUUCUGGCCAGGUCUGCCCGUGGGACCAAUCCAAGAUGACCACAUACCAUUUCUACAAAGGGGGGUGCGGAUACUUCACCUCAUCCCCACACCUUUUCCCUCCGUCUGGCACACAUUUGACGACAACGAGCAGAACCUGGACCGGCCCACCAUCCAGAACCUGAACAAAAUCAUGCAGGUCUUUGUCCUGGAGUACCUCAACAUGUGAACUACAGCACCUAUCCCAGGUGUCAUGGUUCCCAUCCCAGGUUCUCGUCUGCCUUCACAUUUCAACCUUCUCCUAUAGUCUUCUAGAAACGCUCUGUCCUCCUCACAGAGAACUCAUCAUAGCCAAAUCUGGUUCUGGUUCUGGCUCUCUGGGUCCUGUGUGUCCAGAAUAAGAAAUCUGGGCUCACAGCUACUUCUCCAGAACCUGUGAACUGUGUGCUUGCGGUAUACAGGGUCCUCUCUGUGUUUGCUUCCAACAGAGCUGUCUUUAUGCCCCUCUCAUCCUUCCCCUGCCACAGACCCACCUUUGUGCUUAUGCUAACAUUCAUCCCUACAGGAAUCAGCCGGGGAGAGCAAAGGCUUGAACGUUUAGAGCAGUUGUCAGUGUUAUGAGUCAGUGUUGUUGUGUACUUUGGUACUUUGUGUUACAACAGCUUUAGCAACAUGUUGUGAAAAACGAAAUGGCGAUCUAAAAGUAGAAGUCCACCGAGGAUGAAAUUGUAGUUAUCUGUUGCUGUAUGCUGACAUGUUUCCAUUGUUGUUUUAUUUUUUGCUAAACAUCUAGAAACAUCUAUAAAACAUAUACAGUUGUAUCACGCAUUUGGUAUUGUAACCAGUGACAAUAGACAUCUGUGCAGAACAUUUAUCAGUAGCAUUUGACCUUUGGUUGAUUCACUGAGAAAGUGAACCUGACCUCUGUAAUGCAUGAUCAGUCACAUCCAGCUGAAACUGUAAUUAGACGUUAAGAUCAUGUGGUAAUUAAGAUUGUGAAAGCCAUAAUGUAUUUUUCUAGUAAUAUCAUAUGUGGAAUGUAUAGUUGCUAAAAGCUGCUAAUGUAAUACAGUGAUGUUGAGUCACUGAACACAUCUGUACAUCAAGGGAAGUUGCUAAUGUACCUUUUCAGGACACGUUUAUCCAGGAAUUUCAUGUUUUUAUUGAUUCUUUCUGUUCCUUGACCUCAGUUGACAUUGCAUAUCGAGGUCAAACUGUCAUUUUCUUUCAAAUAAGCAAUCAACCCCAAAAUAAAAAUAGAGACUGAUAAAA